AUGCAUACAAAAUCGUUCCUAGGUGUGGUUAUCACUAUCACGAUCUUCCUCCACGGCGUGCCGGCUCCGCCGAUAGUUGUCGGCGCCAUCAUCCCAUUGGUCGUUACAGGCGGGAGUUACGGCAUAGUAGCGGCCAGUAUCGCAGACGAAGCCAAGCGCAAAGACACAAAAGACAGAGAGUUCGAGAAACCCGCCAUUGUUAGGCCUGCCAGAAUGGUGCGUAAAGUUGCUGCCAAGAUGGAAAGGACUCCAGAUGGGCCUGGCUUGGCUCCCCCUGGAGUACCUCAGUUCAAUUGGGACAGCUGCUUUCACGAGGCACGCCAGUCACAGAUCGUCGUCGAGGGUCCAGUUGGAAAUCAUGGUAUUCGGGCUAUUGGGCUGCCGCCUGUUUGCAUGAAUCUGGCAGUCGUGCUGGGAGGAGAUGUCAAUGGGACCGCUACACCAAUCCCGUGCGGUUCGGACUGCAUGGAUUGGGUGAACAUGACGCCUGGUAAUCAUGAUGGAGUUCGCCACAUGAUCAACAGCAAGUUACUGGAGAAGAAGUGA